UAUUUUCUUCCUUCGUCGCCUCUGCUUCUCUCCUUAAGAAUUAUCGGGAGAACUUCAGACAUGCUCUGCUCCGAUCUUCUACCUUGUCCGAAAAUCUCUUCUAUCAUCGAUUUUAUAUGACUUGAUUUUCUUGUCUAUUCUAAGUAAUUCCGUAGGAGCAAGGCCGGUUUCUAUGGAGCUUCCCGUUUUCUCCACUCUCCGAGUACCAUUGUUCUCUCGUUUAGCUCUCAUUCCUGCUUUUGGCAUUCCAUUUUCUUCCCUUGGAGUUUCCGUUGGUGCUGCGUCUCGAUUGAAAUGCACCGCUCGAAAGGCGCGUCGGAUUUGCGUGAUGUGCUUGGUGAGAGAUUCGACUCCGAUGGAGACGCCGUGCGAGAGAGAUGAUGGGUCUGAGUUCAUUGAGGUCGUUGUUAUCGGUAGUCGCAAGGAGUCUAUCAUAGAUUCCUGUUUGGAUUCUCCUUUUCCUUCUCUUCCUCUCCGAUUUUGGAGUAUUAGCUCUGGAGAUUUAGUCUUACAGCAGAGGCUUACUCACGAAGAUAAUGUUUCCAAGACCAUGAAUCCAAUUGAGCUGAUACAAUCACGUCCAAGGACCUUCAUCCUUGUGGUUAGUGCUGGAUAUGGUUCUGACCAGGUUGAAGCUAUCAAUAUUCUUAGUGCAGUAAGAUCUAGGGGUAGCUUAGCUGUUGCUGUGCUAUUAAAGCCUUUCAGCUUUGAAGGGCGAAGGCGUCUAGAAGAGGUUAACGAAUUAGCUAAGAAACUGCAGCAACACACUAGUUUCUGUAUAGAUAUCGACAUAGAGAUUUUACUACAGAAGGAUUUGGUAACUUUGGACGAGGCGCUGAAAAAUGCAAACAAUGCUGUUUCGAUGGCAAUAAAUGCAGCCUCUGCUCUGAUAAGUGGGGUGCAUGGAAACUUUAUCGACGUGAUGCAUAAAGAUCUUAUAGAACUCGAAGGUUCAGAAGUUACAACGAUACUAGAAAGCUACAAAGAGGCAAAGGUUGGUUUUGGAGUUGGUGACAACCUUAAGACUUCUAUUUUACGAGCUAUAUACGACUGCCCUUUCUUUCGCCCUGGUAAAAAGGAUCUAAACGCUAUUAUAUGCAUUGUGGCUACUUCGGUAGCUCUUCAGAAGAAGGAUGUGAAAACAAUUCUCCGUACUUUUCGCCAGACAAUGGAGUACACUGGAGAUAUCAUAAUAUCUGUUGUUCAUGAACCUGAUCUGGAGCCUAAAGUCCUCGUCACAACUUUUUUUAUUCUAAGUUGUUCAGAAGAGGAAACUUCCAGCAAAGGCAACAUUUUUUCUGGUCUUUUUCCUUUUGUUUUGAAUAUCUUCAAGAGAUAUCGUUCACAGCUCCAAAACGAAACAAAUAGUGGACUUGGAGAUGCGCCAGUUGCAGUGGAAGAUUCAGCAGACACUACUUAUGUAAAAAGUCCCAGUCAGAGCGUUGAAGGAUUUGAAAGUGACAAUGAAGACAUCUUGGGAGUUUCGGAGAAUGGUGAUGAUGAAUACCCAGUAAAAGAGGGGGGACCAUCCAGAAACAGUCGUCUGGAUCUUGGAGAUGAAAAUUUAGAAGAUUACGGUGCUAUCCAGAGGGAGCCAAUUGCUAACUGGAGUGUGGAUCCAGGAUAUCAGAUUGAACAAAAAUGGCCAGCUGAUUCUGGAGACACCACAGUGCUUAGUCUGGGUAUUGUCAACCUUCCUGUUGGUGUGAGGCCUUCAAAGAAUCUGAACAGUAGUCUCAGUGUCGCCAGUCAACUCUCCAGGAAGGUGGAUUCCAGAGAUGAUUCAUUUUUCAACCCUAGUAGCUCGACAAAAGACUCUAUUGAUGCUGCAUCGACCUUGCUAUCAGAGAAGUAUGCUGAUUUUACAAAGCAAAGAAAUCUAUCUGCUCGAGCAGCGUCUAUGCUGGAAGCUGAAAGAGAUUCAUCAAAAAAAUGGAGUCCGAUUCUAGAGAUGCAGUACAGAGGAGGACUGUUCAAGGGAAGAUGCCAAGGAGGCCUUCCCGAAGGAAAGCAGGGUCGUUUGGUACUAGGAGAUGGAAGCAUAUAUGAUGGAAUGUGGCACAACGGUAAAAGAUCUGGUCUUGGAACAUUCUACUUCAAGAAUGGAGACGUGUUCCAAGGUACAUGGAGAGAAGAUUUGAUUCACGGAAAGGGCUGGUUUUAUUUCCAUAAAGGUGAUCGAUGGUUUGCAAAUUUCUGGAAGGGAAAAGCCAGCGGCGAAGGAAGGUUCUAUUCAAAGUCCGGUGAGAUAUUCUUUGGGCAUUUCAAAGAUGGAUGGCGACAAGGCCAGUUCCUCUGUAUAGAUGUGGAUGGAACAAGAUACUCUGAAACUUGGGACGACGGUGUUCUUAUUGACCGGAAACAAGUGGACGCCGGAGAUUGAUAACGUCCGGCACCUUGAAAUAUGUUGUUAUUUGUAUAGUGCAGAUCGACUUUUUGUCUUUUCUCAGGUUAUUAUAACGAAACUAAGUUGAUAAAAGCAUUUCUUUGACUUAACUUUAUCUGUUCUUUUGUUGAUUAGAUGUUAAAAAGAAACGAAUCCAAUUCCAAA